CCUCUUUUUGCUUUGUAAGUAGGAAAACCUGCAAAUCGACAGUGUAAAUACUUGUUCUCUCCACUGUAGUUUAAAUUUGAAUGGCUGUAUUAACGAUGACAGAUUCCUAACUUAAAUAAACGUUUGCAUAUAGUGGAUAUUUUUCUUUAAAACAUUUAUACACUAAAAAGUCGUAUUCAUCCAUUUCCAUGGAAAUUCCAUGGUUGGGUUCUGUUUUUAUAAAUUUUUUAUUUACAAAAUUGUAGAUAAAGAUUUGAUUCAGAGCAGUCCCAGUUGUAGCUCUAAGCAAUAAUAUUUGCACAAAACUGAACAUUGACCUUUCACGUACAUUCUGCUCAUGAAAGGAAUUAUAAUCAAAAAGAUGAGAACUGGCAGAAUAAUAUUUUAAAAUAUUAUAAAUUAUCCAACGAGUGCGGUGAUUCAUAUUCUUCACUUGGUGUGACAGAGCGUGCAGACGUGUGUUUUGGGGUGGGAGGGGGUCGUCAUUUGGUGAAAGUGGAUGGAAAGUUGAGCAUCAUGACUCACACCCAGGACGGCGAUAGUCAGGGGCUAAAGGCUAGUGACUAUAAAAGAUGGACCAGUUGCAAGUAUACCAGAAUAAACAUCAAGAACAGAACAGCAUAGCAUCCUUAGAAGCUCAGAACACACGUGCGGAAGAAGCAUAACUAGACUCUCCCGUACAAGGAAAACUCUGCUCUGCCAUUUUUAUUCAAUGAAAAUGGUUCUAAAGCUUUCAUCUGUCGUCCUUGUGUGUGUUGGUACUUUGUUUAUGUGUGUGUGCACUCAAAGUCUAUCGAGAGACUACGGGGUGAAACUGUGCGGCCGAGAGUUUAUACGAGCUGUUAUCUUCACGUGCGGUGGGUCCCGUUGGAAACGGUCUUUAAGCGAAGACUUAGAUGCCUUCCAUCCUCGUUCUUACAGUGACGUCAACGAGGGCAAGGAUACCACAUUCAAUUGGCCCCAGAGUCUGGAUCAGGCAGCAGACCACCCUUUCCAGGUCUCAUCUUCCAGCUCCCUGGCUGACCUCUUACUCCUGGGUGGAGGGGGGGACCAUAGGGGGCCUGUGAUCAACAUCGACCCCAGCAUAGAGCUCCAGGACCAGGCAUCUGUGUUUGGAGGCUUGGGGGGACCUGGAGAGUCAGAUAGGAACUGGCCACGCCGCGACAGACACAAGAGGAACUUUUCCCUCGGGGUAGCGGGCAUGUGCUGUAACCUUGGCUGCACCAAAAAUGAUAUUGGUCGUCUUUGCUGAGACUGGGGCAGUGGGCUGAUCGAUGGUGGUGAUGGAGGUGAAGCAUGUAGAAGGUUAGAGACAUUAAGUGGUCUAAAGGUUGUUUUAACAUGGACAUAACAGCAUUUAACCAUUUUAAUGUAGUGAAGUAGGAGGGACUUUAAACUUCAUAGGCUAAUCCUUCCAGACCAGGUCUUCAUUAGGUUAAGUCCCACCCACUUCACUAGAUUAGAAUGACAGAUGCCUUGAAUGGCUAGAUCAACAUAAUGGGUUAUUUAUAGGGAUUUGUGUCCUCUAACCUUCUCUAUGAGAUUACUGAAUGAUGAGGCCGCUCGAUCUGACCACACAUUUUGAGUUAUUGGACUGAGGGUGAGAGCAAGCAGUUUUCUUUGUGCUUCAUUAAGUUGGUAAAGAGGGGACAUUUCAACACAAGAUAGCUGUGCACACUUGUAUUAUGUGAGGCCAAUAGUUUGUUAUUCAUUGUCCAUUUUCUUUCCUGCUCAAACUGUUCUUCAUCACUACAGGAAUAAUGAUAGAUCAUUGGACAAACAUAAAAAAUGCAUCCCUCAUCCCCUCUAAUACCUGAUUGGGAUACUGUGGAAAUGUUCAGUGUAUGUAAAUGAAAAAAUAAAAUAUCAAUAUAAUAUAAAAUGCCUUUUUGGAAAUCAUGUCAUGUCUUGAACCAUGUUUAAAUAUCUCACCCGAUCAAUGGAAAAUCCCCAAAUAUUCCAUCUAUGUAAUUAUGAUGCAUGGAAAGAACAUUACUGGAUUUAUUACUGUAAUAAAAACUGUCUGCAUUUUAGUGGGGGGAUAAAACCAAUUACUGGGCAUGAACUCACUCAUGAGUGACCUUGUUAACUGAAGCAGACACAAUUGAAACAAUCAGGUAAAUAGGUAAAGCUGAGCUCAUGUUUCCCUGUAUAAACACUAACAAGUUGCCCUGACCUGAAGCCAGUUGUGUUUAGUCAGCCAGAAGACAACCCGAUCAAUCAGACACACUAAUCAUUAUUACAGUGGCUUCAGGUCAGGCAUGCACAGGACAUUGGUUAUACUUGUUAAUGGUGGUGGUGGUACCGGACUGGGAUUUCCACAAGGCUGGUUUUUCACAGGGAAACUCCAUUUUGUCUCAAAGCUAUAAGAACAAAUAACCACAGUCCAAUAAUUUGACUCUUCCUAAAAGCAACCAUACUCUACCAGUAAUUGACCGGUGACGUCGGAGCGCUCUGCACACAUGUAUCCAAGUGAUUGUCAUUCGUAAGAGACAUUUGAGGACUGAUCGUAAUUUCACAUGAAAAAAGGGGUUGCCUCUGUC